ACGUUCACGUUGACGCCAAUUUUAAGCCGUGCAUAACGGUACAAUAUAAUACGUACUCUGUGUGCGUCUGUGUGUGUGUGCGUAUGUGUGUGUGUAGGCGCCGAAGCAAAGAGCGCUCGGUGUCGUGCAACGAAGCCGUGAUCGCAGCCGCGUUUCCGUUUUACGCAUUCAGUUGCCGUCGAGUCCUCGUAUUGAACAAAAGUGCAAGGAUUCCGCUGUCGAGUGAUGUUCAAGUGAAUUAAUUAAAUAUUGUGCUGAAUAAUAUGAAUCACUGAUGCUGGCACAAGCAAACAAUUCAUGCUAUAGAUAAACCAAUCAUGAAAUAUGUUAAAGCAAACAUAAAUAAUGCGUGACAACAAUUUAAUAGCAACAACAACAAUUGGAGCGUAAGAGACAACAAAUAUAAUAUACAAACUCUAAACAAACUGUCAAGCCGGUUGCCGCCUCUAAAGUGCAUCAACUGCAGCAGCAGCAGCAACAACUAAAAACAACUAAAAACUUGACCGAAUUUGCAAUCAAUUUGGCGUCUCUAAUCUCGACCAGAGUCGCCGUCGCCUUCACGAUCGCAAUGAUUUAUUCAGCAUAUUUCUGAAAAACUGACAAUCUGACAACAGAGAAAAAAAAAGAAAAAUAAAACAGCUAAUACCGACACGUUCAAGCCCAAGCUUUUAGGCAGUCGUGUAAACAGUCGUGCAAACAUUUUGCUGAUGAAUGUGCCGCUGGCUUAGUGAGUGCCAAGGAUGCCAAUGAAAGUGUAGCUCAAAGUGAUUCAUGCCACAUAUUGUUGCAUGUAAACACAAACAACAGACAGUAGUGGCAACUCAAAGACUCUGUUUGCAUAGGACACCAAGGCACAAAGGCUAACCAUUUCCAUGUUCUGAAUGGAGACGACGCGUGGACGCCAACGGGCCACGGCAACCAGACGGAGCUAUCGGGGCAUUCGCAUUGGCCAGUGUUUGCUAACAUCAGCCAAAACAACAACAUGGCCAUAAUAAGGCAACAGCAACGAACUAAAUGUAAUUCAUGGUUACAAAUACCCAACAACCUGCUGCUACUGGUGGUGAACACAAAUAUACACCCAUCACAAAAGUACCGCCAUGAAUGAGACAGAGUGUGAGGAUCUCAUUAAAUCUGUGAAAUGGACGGAACCGGCGAACCUGAUCUCUCUGGCCAUACUCGAGUUUAUCAACGUACUGGUCAUUGGCGGCAAUUGUCUUGUAAUUGCCGCCGUCUUCUGUUCAAACAAAUUACGUAGUGUUACCAAUUUUUUCAUCGUUAACUUGGCCGUUGCCGAUUUACUAGUGGGCCUGGCGGUGCUACCAUUCUCGGCCACCUGGGAGGUGUUCAAGGUUUGGAUAUUUGGUGACGUGUGGUGCCGCAUUUGGCUGGCGGUGGAUGUCUGGAUGUGCACGGCAUCGAUACUGAAUCUAUGUGCCAUAUCUUUGGAUCGCUACGUGGCAGUCACGCGACCCGUCACCUAUCCAAGCAUAAUGUCAACGAAGAAGGCCAAGUCUUUAAUCGCCGGCAUUUGGGUACUCUCAUUUGUUAUAUGCUUUCCGCCUUUAGUUGGCUGGAAAGAUCAAAAGGCCAUGGUACAACCGACCUACACACGGGGAAACUAUACGCUUUACUAUGCCACCACAAUGUCAAGUACACAGGAUGAGCAACUAGAUGUAGGUAGAAUUAAGAAAAAGCAGGAGGAGGCUGCUGCCUCACUGAUUAUUGAAAAUGGCAAUUUCAAUGGCAAUGUCAAUGGCAAUGCUUACAAUCCAUACGAUCCCAACUUUGCGCCAAUCGAUGGCUCCGCUGAGAUACAUAUUGCGGCCAUGACGACGACAACAACAGCAACAGCAAGGACAACCACAACAGCAAAAAGCACAAUUUCGCCUAGCACAGAAAUGGAUUAUGAUCUGUUAAAUGCUCCGGCGGUGAACGUGCCACAGCCGGCAACAAGUUGCCCCUGGAAGUGUGAGCUAACCAAUGAUCGGGGCUAUGUGCUCUACUCGGCACUGGGCUCCUUCUAUAUACCCAUGUUUGUAAUGCUCUUCUUCUACUGGCGCAUCUAUCGAGCCGCUGUACGCACCACGCGUGCCAUUAAUCAGGGCUUCAAAACUACAAAGGGCAGUCCGCGCGAAUCGGGUGGCAACAAUCGCGUGGAUGAUUCCCAGCUAAUCUUGCGCAUCCAUCGCGGACGACCUUGCGGCACACCACAGCGAACGCCACUCUCCGUGCACUCCAUGUCCUCGACGCUGAGCGUGAACAGCAAUGGAGCACCUGGAGCUCCCCCUGGCACGGCAAGUGAAGAUCAGCAGUCAGUGCCGGCUUCUCAGCUGGGCACGUCCAAGCGAGCCACUUCGAUGCGCGUGAAUCGUCAGCGCCACGAGAAGGUUGCCAUCAAGGUGUCUUUUCCCUCCUCGGAGAACGUGUUGGAAUCACCACGUUUAGGUACUACGCAGCAACAGCCACCAGCGCCCCACUAUGCAGUGAUCAGCAGCGGCACAAAAGGCGGCGCCAGCAAUCUUUCCAACGGGCGACGCACCUCAUUCAAGAGCAGCCUCUUCGAUAUUGGCGAAACCACGUUUAAUUUGGACACAGCCAGUAGAGCAGCAGCUGAUCUGGAGAGUGGCAUUUCGACCGGCUCGACGUCGGCCAAGAAGCGCUCCGGCAAACGCAGUGUAAAGUUUCAAGUGAAGCGCUUUCGCAUGGAGACAAAGGCAGCCAAGACGUUGGCCAUUAUUGUAGGCGGCUUCAUAGUUUGCUGGUUGCCCUUCUUUACGAUGUAUCUGAUACGCGCCUUCUGCGAGGACUGCAUACAGCCGACAGUAUUCUCGGUAUUGUUCUGGCUGGGGUACUGCAACUCGGCAAUCAAUCCGGUGAUCUAUGCGCUCUUCUCGCACGAGUUUCGCAUUGCCUUCAAGCGGAUUGUCUGCCGAUGCGUCUGCACUCGCAGCGGCUUCCGAGCCUCUGAGAAUUUCCAAAUGAUUGCUGCACGGGCACUAAUGGCACCCGCCACAUUCCACAAAACCAUUUCGGGCUGCUCCGAUGAUGGUGACGGCGUCGAUUUUAGCUGACUAAUCGGCAACUACGAGACGAGUCCGCUGCAGCGCACUGCCUCGCUGCCGCAAGAAGCCAGCACUAGGGAUGGCGAUGUGGAUACCACGGGCAGCACCAGACGUAUACGGCGCGGUGGCUUCUGCAAGGGUCGUGUACUCUAAGCACACCAAAGCAGCAGCCACAACUACAACUACUUACAAAUACUUGACAUAAGGCAAUGCAUUUCGCUUUUGUACUUUUGUAAACGCCGCCAGCCCAAUUGACAUUGACAGUAUUCGCAUUGAACAACGUUGUAACUUUAUGGCAAUAAUUUUCACGUAUUUAACUAGGCAUAAGGCAUACAUAUACUUACACUUAUACCUGUAGUUGUAAGCUUAAUUAAUGUGACAUAAUGAUAACCAACACACUUUCAGUUAAGUACUUAGAGAUAACUAUAUUAAGCAGGCCCCAUUUGUUCAAUUUUGCCGCUGGCAAAGUGAAUCAGUUCAGUUACAUGAGUUACAUGCUAGUAGUUAAUGAAUAUAUGUGUGUAUGUGUGUAUCGGCCAAUAAUUUGGUUAGGUCAACAGCAUUUUCAAUAAAAAUGAAAGCAAACAAAGAGCAAAAAACGAGCGCCGACAAAAUAAAAGGUAAUUUGUAAUAAGAGCAAUUGGAAGACACAACAGU